AUGAAAGAAAAUCAAGGAAGAAAAGCAAACGAGAAUAAUGCUCAAAACUCUGAUAAGAACAAGUCAAAGGACUCACUGAAGCAUUCAAAUGAUUGUCCCGAUCAGCUCGACUUCAGCAAAAUUCCAUUGCCUGAUAUACCGACGAGAAGAAAGCAACUGAACAAAGGAAAAAGCUUAUCAAAGGAUAGUCUACCAACGAGUACAAGCUCGAAGAUUCAAGCAAAGUGGAAACAAUUAACAGACAAAGAGUAUUUUAAGAAGAUGCAUUACCGGAACUCGAGUCUUGAAAAGAAACCGCCGUCAUAUUUCUUCGGUGAGAAUACAACAAUAACGAACAAAUCGAAGGAUGGAAUAUUUUUAAACCGCUCAGGAUGGUUGCAAACAAAUCCUGAUCAGAGAUCCGAGAAGGGUUCUGAAUCGAGAAAGGAAAAUAUUAAGAAGUUGAAGGCUGUCAAUUCAAAGAUUGAAGAAUUGAUAUCGCGCAACGAAGCACGAAAAUCAACUCAACCACUUACAAAUCCCAAAGAUGAGAAUGUUACCAUUUUAAAAAUCGAUCCGAAGACGGAACCACGGCAAAUUGCUAAUGACCGUCCUGGAUUUCUGCCUGUCAAGUCAAAUCUCUCUCAUAAUGGUCCACCACCCACACCUAUUCUUUCUCCUCCACCAGCCUUUCAAGACCACAAGAUACGGAACAGAAUUAUUCAGAUGAAAAACGGAACACAAAUUCAGCUUUCUGUAACCGACAGCGACAAUAAAACAUCAACAGCAAAUGUUGGAAAGGGAAUGGUCUUCUCACGUAGCUUUGAAUAUGACAACAGAAAGACAGCAGAGUUUAAUGAAAACUUCUCACGUAGCUUCGAUUUCGAUUUCCAAUUAAAUGAAAAGAGUGGAAUGAAUAAAAACUUUUUGUCUCGUUAUGGAAAGUCUACAACGUUUGCGAGUCUCACUGGAGUUUCGCCGAAUUAUCUGACGAAGAAACCUUCAGCUGACAAUUCACCAUCGACAUCAUUGACAUCGAUAUUUCCAAAAGUCAUUCCGGGUAAUAAAGUUAAAAUGGGAAAUCCAAAUUACUACAAUUCAACUUAUCAGUCGGUUGAUGAAGGCAUUUCCCGUCGCACUCAAUUUACAAGACCCGGCGGAAUGACAAAUAAUUAUCGAAGUUUAGAAUCGAACACAUCGUCAAUUAAUAAUCGAUUGAAUUCUUGUGAUUCUGGUGCCAGAUCGGAUUUCUCUAAUGACGACUUAGACGAAGAUCAAAACGAUGACGAUGAAGAAGCGUCAUCGUCAUUAGCUUUAAGUUAUAAGUCAGCUGCUACAGCAUCAUCGUAUCUCGAGCCCAUGAAAAACACUCGAAACAUUACGAAAACAUUGUUAAAUCAACAACAAACAUUAAAUCAACAACAAUCGCAGUUUAUGAAAACGCGUUCAAUGACGCCUGAAACGAGCUUUGAUGAUUACGAUUUACUGACUGUCAAUCGUAUGAACAUGAAGAAGCAACGUCCAAUUACACCCGAAUUUUUACAUAAAUCAUCAAAAUUAACAACGUCUCAAACAUCUUUGAUGUCUCGACAGAGUUCGGGUUCACGCAACAGUACAUUGGAACGACAACUGAAAAGAUAUGAAGAAGGAAGAUUGUCGAGAAGCUCGUCGAGUUCAAGUGAAGGUGGCAGCGGUCGUCGAACAACUCAUCGUCCACCUUUCAAAACAACCUUCGGUGAUUAUAAAAUUAGACGUUCGAGAUCAUUACAACUCUCAGAACGUUCACCGAAUCGUUCGCAGCUUCAAAAGCUUGUUGUUCGUAUUGGAAACACGCCAGCAUUACAAACAACAGCGACGACGACAACAACGCCAAAGCAUCGAGAAAAACCCGACUAUGUCCAUAUACGAAGCAAAACGACACUUAGUAUGCCUUCCAAAUAUAACUCUCAGAAUUUACGUAACAGUGAUAAUUCACUGCCAACCAGCACACAGACAAAGUCAUACGAAAUGCUGGAUUUCAAUAACAAAUCGAAUAUUGAUUAUGAUUAUGAAUCGGAUAGCAAAAGUAAAUCUUUUGAUGAUGAUUUAGCAUUAAAUACGAAAAUCUCUCGAGGCGGCACUCGAAAUGUUUUCAGUGGAAAUCGAGCGUUUAGUCAAGAUCGAGUGUUGAUGGUGCCACCAACAGCAACAAAAUCGUUGCGAAGUAGUCCGAGAAAUUAUGGUAGUCGCUUGUAUGACCAUGACAUUCUUUACGAUGUGAAUACAAGACGAGCUGCCACUAGAUCACCAAUAAUGAACUUCAGCAGUCGAAUGGCAGUCAAUCCUCCAUUGUCACGUGAAAGAUCGCCCAUUAGUAAUCGUAGAGGUCGUGAUAGAGAACGAGAUAAUUAUAAGAAGCCACCAACUAAUAGUUUUCUUAAACCACGCACAUCUUUAACCCCAAAUCGCUCGCCAAAUCGUUCACCAUCUGAUUCCGAUGAUAGCAUCAAUGAGAGUGCAAACAAAGUGUUGAAAGACAAAAGUCUUGUUGCUGAAUAUUUGUUUGGUCUUAAACGAAAGCAACAAGCAAAUCGUUCGAGUAAUCUUAGUGGAACGGGCUCGUCUUCCGGAAGUUGUACAUCGAGUAGCUGCGAAUAUUGGCCACAAAGUGGUUUAAGUUCUGUCAAAUAUCCACCAGUUGAAGAUAAAAUCUUCAUCAAUGGUACGCAAUGUAAAGUCAAAGUGCACAAUGAUAGUGAUUCGAGUGGUAAAAAUUUGAUGAAAAUCAAUGUCAAUACGCAAAGGCAAAAGCAACAGGCUUAUCGUGGAACAACCGUGACAGUUAAUGGCGGAAGUUCGCCAUCGACUUUCAAGCACGUGAGAAAGCCUAAUAACAGUUCGAUAAUAUUUUUGGGUGAUUGCGAAAUGCCAAUCACAAAAAGUGCGACACGAAAGAAUAGUGGAAGUGAUUCAAGUGCCAAUAAAAUAUGUGAUACCAAAAGCAAGGAUAAUAACACGCAGAAGAUUCACAUCACGAGCCGACCGAAUGGAGAGUUGAAGCAGCAAUUUGCCUCUUCGAGUCAGCAAAUACGAGCCCAAAACUACAACAAAGGAAAGUUCUUUAUUCCAACAUCAACAUCAGUAAAACGUCGACAUUUUACACGUCUCCAGAGUCGAUCUCUUCCUAAAUCAUUUAUGCGGUCUCGGUAUGAAAUAUUAGGUAUAUAA